AUGUCUCGGCCGUCAGCUCAUCCCGAGCGCCCGCUCUCCCUCACAGAGGAACUUGAGAAAUUAGAACAGUCUAUCACCUUGACGCUCCAGGAGAUCGAUCAAAACUUCAGCCAAGCACACCGCAUAGUCACAACGAGCAUUCUGCCACUGGUAGAGCAGUACACUGAGCAUUCCCGCGAUGUCUGGGACGGUGCCAAGUUCUGGAAACAAUUCUUCGAAGCCAGCGCCAAUGUUUCACUGUCUGGAUAUGAAGAACGACCAAAUGAAGACGAGACAAUUCAGGAGCCCACGGCAACGGAAGAGGAACUUGACGUCGACAUAACUAAAAGCACGAGCCACGAAGACGAUCAUUCCUACGAUACCCCUGCAUCACAACGCCACAAUAUUCCUCACGGCCAUGGAGAUGAUCUGGAUCUUACAGCUCUCGCUAUUUCCUCGCAUAGUACUCCGCGCGCACCCUCCCAACAAACUGGCGAUGACAUGACCGUAUCUUCUGUCGAGCAUUCCUCAUAUGAGGACUUACGGAGGCAGAUCAACGAGACAGAGGCGCCUUUCAACAUGCCCGACUCAUCAACACUCCCAUCGACUCCAGGCCGGCAACCAUUCUUCCCACACGGAGCCUCAUCCGAAACUCCGAUGUCAUCUCCCUUUAUUCCGCCCGCGUCAGCCAGAUACCAGUCCGCAUCGCGAGAUGACCGCCAUCAGAAAUCUUCAGACCCGGUGCUGCACCAAAUGCUUGACAAAACUUACCGUGUUCAAGCUACCCCUCUCGGAAAGGGAUACCAUAACCCAGGCGGAGGCGCUAGCACCCGCUCCAAAUUCGCGGUUACCCCAAAUCAAGCUGCGUCUGGCUCGAGAUAUGCCUUUAAUGAUUCACCGAUGUCUAGCCCCGAGCCUGAAGCUCCUCAGAUGCACUCUGAGAUAUUUUCUUCGCCAAUUAAAGGCGUCGAUUUGACCCCUGGAACGGACCGUAAGCGACGCACUAGUAGCAACCGCAUGCGCGGUACCCCCAAGCCGGGUUUCAGUGUUUUGACACCAGCAAAGAAGUCUGGUGGCAAUCGUGCGCUGUGGGAUAGUGAUGAUGAUUUGGAUGAGGAUUUCGGCCCUAGUCCUCCUAAGACGAUGCAGUUCCAUAUACCUCAGAGUCGACUGAUGCAGACACCUGCCAAGGAAGCCUCCAAGCGCAUUGUGACGGAUUUGCUGGCUACCGCUGGGGCGGGUGACAUUACUGACGACUUCGAAGAUGACCAGAGUCCAAGUGUCAUCCGCCGUAUGGAAAAGCUGGAAGAUGAUACCUUUUAG